CAAAACAUUACAAAACCUAGAUUUGAUCUAAGCGCUCUCUCUCCCUCUCUUUCUAGCUCUCUCAACUCACCAGACCAAUUCCAUGGCAGGGAAGAGGUUAUUCCAAGAUCUUGAUUCCGACCAAGAAAAUAAGUCCGAGAAACGGAUUAAAUCUGUAUCAUCCCUUGCCUCUGUGUUUGGAGCAUUGAUCACAGAAAACACCCUUAAGAGCUUUUCUUCAGCCCUAGAGCCCGUUCUUAGAAAAGUUGUAAGACAAGAAGUGGAAUAUGGAAUUAGUAAACGAUUCCGAUAUUCUCGGUCAUCGUCUUUCCGUAUCGAAGCUCCGGAAGAGUCUAUUCCGACAUUCAAGCUAAUGUUCCGUAAGAGCUUAAGUACACCAAUAUUCACCGGAAGUAAAAUCAGUGACGUGGACAACAAUCCACUUGAGAUUAUCCUUGUUGAUGAUUCAAACAAUCCGGUGAAUCUCGACCGUUCGAUCAAACUAGACAUCGUUGCUCUUCACGGAGAUUUUCCUUCGGGUGAUAAAUGGACUAGUGAUGAGUUUGAGAGUAACAUCGUCAAAGAAAGAGAUGGGAAACGACCGUUACUUGCCGGAGAAGUAAGUGUGACGGUGAGAAACGGCGUUGCAACAAUCGGAGAAAUUGAGUUCACAGAUAAUUCGAGUUGGAUUCGUAGCCGUAAGUUUAGAAUCGGUGCGAAAGUUGCGAAAGGGAGUAGCGGUCAAGGCGUUGCGGUUUGUGAAGCGAUGACUGAAGCGAUUGUUGUUAGAGAUCAUCGUGGAGAAUUGUACAAGAAACAUCACCCACCAAUGUUAGAAGACGAAGUGUGGCGGCUGGAGAAGAUAGGCAAAGAUGGGGCCUUUCACAAGAAGCUCUCCUCUAAACACAUCAACACUGUCCAAGACUUUUUGAAACUAUCCGUCGUUGACGUCGACGAACUCCGUCAGAUUUUGGGCCCUGGAAUGUCUGAUAGAAAGUGGGAAGUAACAUUGAAACAUGCUAGAGAGUGUAUUUUGGGAAAUAAGUUAUACAUUUCUAGAGGGCCGAAUUUUUUCAUGAUUUUGAAUCCGAUAUGCGAAGUCAUGAAAGCACUUAUCGAUGGUCAUGUUCUCUCUAGUCAAGAAUCCCUGAAUCAGCCCUAUGUUAAGAACUUAGUUCGAGAUGCUUACUCAAAAGGAAACUUGUUAGAAGUGGGCGAAGGAACAGCGAACGAGGCUGCUCUUUUGACACAAGGUGAUAAUUUGGACCAACAAUACGUUGCGGGCCAUUACGACAACAUCGAAAUCAAUAGAUCAUCUCAACAAAACGGAUAUGUUCAAGAGAGAACUACAAACAAUUUGGAGAUUGUAAACGAAGGGUAUAUAAUAACUACUCCAGCGGAAUUCAAUAUAUGUUUUACCGGAUCUUCGUCUCAGAACCAUAUAAACCCUUUCUAAAUCCUCAUCUGCGUUAGAAUUGGUAGACAUACCAUAGUGCCUUGGACGUGAUUGGACUCUUUCUAAAUAAGGUUUUAAUCUACUACAUGUAUUCUAUAUAUGAGGAUCAUAUCAUUGUACAUAAAAGUGUGAAAUUUUU